AUGGCAUAUUCUGUCCGAUGGGGACAAGUCAACAGCAAAUUCCCGGUGCCAAGCCGAAACUUUGAGGCUAUGCGGCGAUACAUCUGCGCUACGUGCGCGCGUUCUCAACGCCGUACUUUGUUGACGACCCCAAAUGCCGUUCAUCGACGGAACCCAAUCGCACGGCAGACUGGCGCCAACAUCAUUUCCAGACGAUUCGCAUCAUCUGUAGAAAAUUCAGAAACACCUGAUCAAUUAAGAGCAAGAAUUGAUAACAUCCUUCUAAAGACGGAAUUCGAGACGAGACACGACAUUAGGGAAUAUUUGCGGAAAUGGCAAGAGCAGAACGUGAACUAUCUAGAUCCAGUCCAAGGCCCGGAUACUUCGAAUGCGGGUUCGCCUUUAUCAAAGAAAUGGGCCGGAAACAUGCUUAAUGAUGGUCAAGCCGCUCACGAUGAUGCCAUCGAGAAAUCAUACAGCAGUUUGGCAGACACAUCAGAUUACAAGAUUGAUAUGGAUGAGAAUGAUGAUACUGGAGAUAUUCUGGAACCGGGCGAUCUAGUGGGCUUUUACUCUGGAGUGAACCUAGCAACACCUGCAGUAUACAUACGAUCUGUUGAGAGACAAAAGCAAUUUUAUACGCUCAGAGGGAAAUGGCGAGUCACAUCCGAUAAAGAUAUUGACAUCGUUAUCAAAGGUUUUGCGCCCCGAGAAUUGACCGAUGCUUUGACCCCAUAUCUCCCUGAUACAGCAGUCUCUCCCAAUAUCAAUAUGCAAGAAGUCGCCGAAGGAGGAGUUCCUCGCUCCACAGCUGCACCUCUUAUGGCCAUGCUUCAAGAAUUCUCCGAGAAAGAGACACAGCUUUAUCGAGAAAAUGCACAACGAAUCGACAAUUUAUAUUCGUUAAUCGCAUCCCCGAAUAAGCGUUCCGUAUUGACUCUGCCAGAAAUAGCGGCCAAGGCUCUUCAGAUUGGCAUAGACGAGGUGACUCCAGAAGCACUUUUCAUGACCCAAAAGGCUCUCCAACGCAUCCCCUUCCUUGUUCUAGCUGAUCGCUCGUCUAUUUUUUCCAAUCGGUACUUAGUACGGCCGAAAAAAUUUACGCAUCGUUUCAAUACUGUGAUUGAAUGGGUUCGUGAACAUCAAGAUCAUCUCAGUCGGCUUGCCUUACACAAACGUUCUGAUCUGAGUGAUCAUCCGCUUCAAAAGUUCCUUCAGAAGGCUCAGAAAAUAAUCCUCCAGAGUCGGAACAUUAGAUCUCCAACAACCAUGUCGAAUGUCGGCCCUUCCGCUCAACAGUAUACGAUGGAUGAUACGCCCGAUGGACGGGUGUAUCAGAAGGUAAUCACGGACCAGUUUGAUGAUUCUGAUAAAAUCAUUCUUGAGUACCUUGUACAUUUUUCAAUACCGUCGCAAAGGCUCAAUAUGAGCUCUGCGAGAUACGCUGCUAUGCACAUAAUGAGAGCAACGGGGUUGUAUACGGCCAUAGAGCUGCAACGAGGGGCAAUUCCUCUUUUACUACAGGAGCUAGGUAUUUUCUCUCCUUGGGAGAACAUAUAUGCUUUGGAUCAAUUCCUGGCUCUCCCAGAUCAUCACAUUGAUUUACAGUCUGAAUUUACCGAGGAGGCUGCACGAGCUGCCGCAAGCAAACCUCAGAGGUACACAAAGGACACAAUGGCAGAUAUGCGAGUGGAUUGGGGAGAGUUACCCAUUUAUUGUAUUGAUGAUCCCGGGGCAAAGGAAAUUGAUGACGGCAUCUCUCUGGAACCUGUUGCUGGAACCGAAGACACAUUUUGGCUUCGUGUGCACAUCGCCAACCCCACCGCUUUCAUGCCGCAUGAUGAUCCCAUAUCCAAGAAUGCUGCCGCGCGUCUAACGACUGUUUACCUGCCUGAAAGACACUAUUCCAUGCUGCCAACAUCUUUUACGAGCCGCUCCCUUAGUCUGGCUGGUAACAGCCCUACUCUCACUAUCUCUGCCAAAGUCAAUCUGAACGGCGAUGUUUUGGAGACGGAUAUCACGAAUGGGGUAGCGCGAAAUGUCGUUUACUUGACCCAUGCCGGUCUACGAAACGCUCUCAAGGGUCAUAUGAAAUCUUCGCAAACGUACACAGUUGGUAAAGACCCGCCUUCGCAUUAUCUCCAACAACUAUCGCCCGAGUCUCCUGCAGUUACCCCAGAGCAAUCAGAGACGUUCAAUCUCAUGAGAAGAAUCAUGACUCAAAUUAAUACGAAAUGGAGAGAAAAUGGCGGGUUGACUUGGCCUGACAACAUGAGUCAACAAAAUCCGUCCAUAUACUCUGGCAACCCCAUUCCGCCAUUUUCGGUGCACCCUGACAAGUUCGACUGGGAAGGCGGUUAUUACCAGGGUGACCCAAGCAUUCUACUCCCAGUCAGCGACGUCGAUCCUUAUGAGGUCCCAGAUUUGAGCCAAAGGAAUCUUGUAGCAUUAGUCAUGAGAUUUGCCUGCCACGUUGCGGGACGAUGGAGUGCAGACCGAAACAUUCCACUCGUAUAUGACGGCACUUACUUCCACCCAGAGUACCCGCCAUUAACGCCACAAAAGCUAAAAAAUUUCACUGCAGACGACUGGCUUCACUUCGCACCUCCCAAGGGAUAUAGUGCUUCCAGCGUUUUACCGCACAGCGGUCUGGGUGUUGACGCGUAUACCAAAGCAACCAGCCCCCUACGACGAUACAGCGAUCUAGUAGCCCACUACCAAAUUGAAGCAGCUCUACGCUACGAGAAAACAUACGGCAAGAAAUUCGACGGCGCAGAAGCCGAAGCCGCCGCUUCCCUACCAUUCUCCACUGAACAAAUCGACUCCCUUCUCGAGAACAUAAAAGCCAAAUACCCGCUUAUCAGAUCCGUCCAGAAUCAAUCCCGCGCAUUCUGGGUCUGCCAAUUCCUUUUCCGCGCCUUCUAUUUUGGUGAAUGCGAUACUCUCCCAGAUACUUUCACCUGCAUGGUGCGGCAAGAGGUUCAGGGUAUUUCAACAACGGACGUGAACUAUGCGGCAGCAUAUGCGGCAGAUAACCUGCCCUUGGGUAUUCGAGUACAGCUUUUUGCCACUGAGGAGUUCCGUGAUCUGGAUCCGCUGAGUACGGUGGAAGCUAAGAUUGUGGCUGUUAACAUGGCGAAGCAUGUUGUCGAGAUGGAGGUUGUGAGGAAAGUGAAAGGUUGGGAGAGAACUGGUGAUUGGGCUUAA